AUGACAGCUAACGGCGGAACAUAUGGUACUAAUAUCCAGAAUAAUAACCCCUCAUCGAGUGCCAUAGCCAAUGGCUACAAUAUGUCGGACCACGAACACAGCCACUCCCACCAGACACCUGCAAAUGGUGUAGAGCUAACAGAGAACUUCUAUAUCAACAAUCGCAAUAAACGAAAACAUAAUCUCAAGAUCCAAGUCCAAAUAAAUGCCACGGGAAUUUAUCUACGUCGCGAGACACCCGAUCAUGAUCAAAUCACGGAACAGCUGAUCCGCAUGGAGGAUAUUAUUGGUAGCUAUUGUGGUGGUAAGAUAAAGAAAAAGACACGCGGUGUGCUACAAUCCUGCAAGCGGAAACCCGAAGUGGAUGAGGAACAACAUCACAGUGAGGACUCCUCGGCUAGUCAACCGGAUAAUAAGGAUAUUUCCGCCUAUUUAUAUAUCUAUGCCUAUGUUAGAAAAGAAAAACCCCUUAGGCGGAUGCGUACUGUGAGAAUAUUGCGAUUCCGCUCAUUUUUAACGUAUGAAGAGAAUUUAAAAUCCGCAGAGAGAUGGCAAAGAGCCAUCAGGAUCAACAAGGGCCCCGAUAUGCAUACCUAUGCCCGGAAACCUUUAUUGAUUUUCUUAAAUCCCAAAUCCGGUUCGGGCAAGGGUAGGGUAAUGUUCCAGAAACAAGUGAUCCCAGUGCUCAAGGAAGCGGAUAUACCUUAUGAACUGAUUGUUACAACACAUGCCAAUUUUGCUCGGGAAAUGGUGCGGAAACGUCAAGAUUUGACACAAAAAUACAGCGGCAUUGUGGUGGCCUCAGGGGAUGGUUUAUACUUCGAGGUCCUUAAUGGCAUUAUGGAGCGACCCGACUGGAGAGUGCUGACACGUGACUUGCCCUUGGGUAUUAUACCCUGUGGUUCGGGUAAUGGUUUGGCCAAAAGUAUUGCCCAUUGCUACAAUGAACCUUACGAACCGAAACCCAUUGUCAAUGCCACCCUGACAUGUGUCUCAGGCAAGUGGGCCCCACUCGAUGUGGUACGCAUUGAAUUGCUGUCCAAGGAAAAACAGCAGCAGGAAUUGUUUUCCUUUUUAGCGGUGGGUUGGGGUAUAAUAGCUGAUGUCGAUAUUGAAAGUGAAAAGCUGAGAUCGAUUGGCUCCCAACGGUUUACCCUGUGGUCCAUACAUCGUAUAUUACAUCUAAGGACAUAUAAGGGAAAACUGUCAUAUCUACCCUGGAAGAGGACGAAUGCUGAAACAAUAAACGCAGAAUCCCUAAGGCACAAGGUACGCAAAUCAGGGUCCACCUCAAUUUUGCGACGUUUUCAAGAUGCCUUGGAUGAGGAGGAGGAUGAUGCUAUGGCGGGAAAUCGUAACCAUGGUUUUUCCGAUGCCUGUGAUGGUGAGGAUAACUCCGAAUUUGCUGACAUUAUAUCCCAAUCCACAUAUCGUGUGGACAGUUGGGCCUCUGCCAAAUCCAAUGCCACUGCCUACUACUCGAUACCCGGCCACUCGCUAAGAUCUAAUCGUAGCGUGGCCACAAUACAAAGUCGAAUUGAGGCAGCCAAUGCAGAAUUCAAUACCCAAAGACCAAAAUCAAAAAUACCUGCCAUCACUGAACCCCUGGCUGGGGAAUGGAUUUCUGAAGAGGGUGAAUAUGUUAUGGUCCAUGCGGCAUAUACCACACACUUGGCAUCAGAUUGUUAUUUUGUUCCUGCCUCUAAGCUAAAUGAUGGUAUCAUUUAUUUGGUUAUCAUCAGAGCUGGAGUGAGCAAAUCUCAAAUGGUACAAUUUCUGUUAAAUCUUAGUUCCGGUACCCAUUUGGCAGAGGCUCCUACAUCUCAUAUGCAAGUCAUACCUGUGACGGCAUUUCGCAUAGAACCUGAUUUAAGUGAGCCAGGAAUACUUACAGUCGAUGGGGAAAGGGUACCCUAUGGUACACUGCAAGCAGAAAUUUUCCCAGGCCUAAUUAAGACCAUGGUUCCCAAUGUUCCAACGACGGCAGCAGCAGCAGAAUAA